GCUCCGGUGCGCAGGUGCAAGUCUGCGCACAAUAGCGCGACUGUCUCGCGCCACAGGUAAUAGCUGGACUCAGGUGUUGUAACACGACACUGAACCAUGUGAUCAGCGAUGAGAAUUUAGAAAGAAGAAGAACUCAGCUCGAGCAUUCACUCAACACUAGUAAAUACCAACCGCACAAGACCACCAUUGAUAGCAGGGCAUCUUGAAGGACAAUGUAUUAUUAUUAUGAGCAGGACGCCGGAGUGUCGAGAUAGUUUCGGUUUAAACACUUCAUUUCACCGGUAAGGUGAGGCGGAAGCGAGCUACGGGCAGAUCUAUUGGAUAUACAGUCUACAUAUAAAGCUAUUCGUCGGGGAACAUCGUGGAUGAUGAAGGUACACACAGCUCGCUAGAGACAGAUAGGACUGCUUUAAUUCUUUGAUCUCGGACAUGAUUUAUUGACCACCUCUGCUCCACCCUACCCGGAGCAUCAGCCCCUUCUGGUUGAGGGUAGGGGUGCAGAUUGACUCCAUCCCGGAGAUGAUACGGCAGGUUGGGCUAUUGGCAGGGAGUUUUCUGCUGCUGCUGCUUCUCAGGAAUGUUUCGGCCCAGGUGGAAACGACCACAGUGCCCAAUAGCACUACAACUCCCAGCCCAGACCAGGGCCCUAAUAUUGUGGCCAUUGUAGUACCAACUGUGGUCGUGGGACUGCUGGCUAUUUUGGCAGCUGUUCUGGUGUUUCUGUUCUGCGUGGUAAAGAAGAAGAGACAGACGGAAGGGGCGUAUCGACCCAGCGCAGAGGAGCAGUCAGGAGCACGUAGUGUUGAGACGCCUGACGCUCUGAAAUUACCCAAGGAGGAGAGACUGAUUUGACAAACUGGUUUAUGACUAACCAGCAGCACAUGAUAAUAGUGACUCAAUUCCAAAACGGUUAAACAGAUAAACAUUAACUAAGGACCGUUUUUGAAGGCACAAGGCACAACUGUGUUUUGGCUAAACAAAGUGAGUCUGACUACUUGGAAGAAACUUGAAGGAACAGAUCCUCUCUCCAAAAGGCCAUAUAUUUCACAGUACAGAUCAUCUAGCAUUUCAUGCCAUUUUAGACUGGUAGCUUUUCUCUGAAUACGUCAUUUUAUGUUGUGUUACCUGUUUUAAUGGUUGCUUUACACAUACAAAUGCUGAUAUUUGUAUGUAGAUAUUUUUAAAGGGGAAGUGUGUAAUUUCUGCACCCCUAGUGGCACAAAACAGAAUUGCAGUCUGUUUUGCAUUCAAAAUGGGCCAGACUUAAAGGGAUAGUUCACUAAAAAAAAUUACCAUUCUGUCAUCAUUUACUCACCAAGUU